GGCAACGUGCUCUGCGCCGCUGCGAGGUGACGCUGAGGAGGCGCGCGAUUCCAAUUCAGCCAGAGGUUCCAGGAUCUCUCUCCCGCCUGGACCCAGCGCUGCCGGGGCCCUGGAGGAGCAGGAGAAGUGAGGCAGCGUGGGUCUGCGAGGGCCGCGUGGCAGAGGACUGCGAGGAGAUGCUGCAGAGGACUUGCCAGCGCCAGCCUUCUACAGAGAAGUAUUAGAAAGAACCAUGGCUGAUGAAACCCAGGAAGCUGGUGGUGUCCAUUUCCCCUUUCCCUUCCCGCCCUACUCCAUCCAGAAGGACUUCAUGGCAGAGCUGUACCAGGUGUUGGAGGCGGGCAAGAUCGGGAUAUUCGAGAGUCCCACGGGCACGGGAAAGUCCCUGAGUCUCAUCUGCGGCGCCCUGACCUGGCUCCGAGACUUUGAGCAGAGGAAACGGCAAGAAGAGGCGCGCUGUCUCCUUGAGCCUAGAGCCGGCCCCUUGCCUGAGGGGCAGGACCUGCGUCCUGCAACCCCAUCUUCCUGCCGGGCACCCCCCACCGCCCCGAGGCCUGGAGGAGAGCCAGACUGGGUCACCCAGUUUGUGCAGAGGAAGGAGGAAAGGGACCUGGCGGAGCGAGUGAAGGAGGAACAGAUCAGGAGGAGGAAGCGAGAGGAGCGGCUGCAGCAGAUGCGCCACAACACGCAGCUCAAGCACGCAGCCCGGCGCCGGAGGCAGGAAGAAGAGGAGACGGAGGCUCUGCUCCGCCUCAGCAGGGAGAUGCUGGCUGAGGGGCCAGGCGCGGAGCAGCUGGAGCAGCUGGAGCCCGGGGAGGAAGAGCUGGUGCUGGCGGAGUACGCCAGCGACGAGGAGAGGCGGGCGACCCGUGGGGCGGACGAGGACGAGGAAGACCUGGAGGAGGAGCAUGUCAUGAAGAUUUACUACUGCAGCCGGACGCACUCGCAGCUGGCCCAGUUCGUGCAGGAAGUUCGGAAGAGCCCCUUCGGCAAGGAGACGCGGCUGGUGACCCUCGGCUCCCGGCAGAACCUCUGUGUGAACGAGGACGUGAGGGGCCUGGGUUCUGUGCAGCUGAUCAACGACCGCUGCGUGGAGAUGCAGAGGAGCCGGCCUGAGAGUAAGAGCGGAGCUGAGGCGGACGAGCCGAAGAGACGGCGGCGGGAGGGCCGGGCCGCCUGCCCCUUCCACGGCCGCGAGCAGACGCAGCUGCUCCGGGACGAGAUCCUGGUGGAGGCGAAGGACAUGGAGCAGCUGCUGGCCCUCGGGAGGGAGGCCCGCGGCUGCCCCUAUUACGGGAGCCGGCUCGCCAUCCCUGCGGCCCAGUUGGUGGUGCUGCCCUACCCGAUGCUGCUGCACGCCGCCACGCGGCAGGCCGCGGGCGUCCGCCUGCAGGGCCAGGUCGUCAUCAUCGACGAGGCGCACAACCUGAUCGACACCAUCACGGGCAUCCACAGCACGGCGGUCAGCGGGUCCCAGCUCUGCCAGGCCCACUCCCAGUUGCUGCAGUACAUGGAGCGGUACAGGAAGCGUCUGAAGGCCAAGAACCUGAUGUACAUCAAGCAGAUCCUGUACUUGCUGGAGAAGUUCGUGGCUGUGCUGGGAGGGAACAUCAAGCAGAACCCCAAUACACAGAGCCUCUCGCAGACAGGGACAGAGCUGAAGACCAUCAACGACUUCCUCUUCCAGAGCCAGGUGGACAACAUCAACCUGUUCAAGGUGCAGCGGUACUGCGAGAGGAGCAAGGUCAGCAGGAAGCUCUGCGGCUUCACGGAACGCUACGGCGCCGUCCUCCCGCCGCCCCGGGAGCCGUCCGGGCUGGCCGGGCUCCAGCGCUUCCUGCAGAGCGUGCAGCCCGCGGUGAGCGAGGCGCCCGCCGCGCCCCUGGAGGAGGCCGAGGUCGGGCCCACGCGGGCCGCUUCCCCGCUGAUGCACAUCGAAGGCUUCCUCGCGGCCCUCACCACCGCCAGCCAGGACGGCAGGGUCAUCCUGAGCCGCCAAGGCAGCCUCAGCCAGAGCAGCCUCAAAUUCUUGCUCCUGAAUCCAGCUGUGCACUUUGCCCAGGUGGUGAAGGAAUGCCGGGCGGUGGUCAUUGCAGGUGGCACCAUGCAGCCGGUGUCUGACUUCCGGGAGCAGCUGCUGGCCUGCGCGGGCGCGGAAGCGGAGCGAGUGGUGGAGUUCUCCUGUGGCCACGUGAUCCCGCCAGACAACAUCCUGCCCCUCGUCCUGUGCAGCGGGCCCACCAGCCAGCCGCUGGAGUUCACCUACCAGAAGAGAGCGCUGCCUGCGCUGGGCCGUCUGCCUCCCAGGUGGACGAGACGGGGCGCAUUCUCUGUAACCUGUGCAGCGUGGUCCCUGGAGGGCUGGUCUGCUUCUUCCCUUCCUACGAGUACCAGCACCAGGUCCUUGCCCACUGGGACAAGAGUGGCAUGCUGGCCCGCCUGGCUGUCAGGAAAAAGAUCUUCCAAGAACCCAGGAAAGCCAGCCAGGUGGAGCAGGUGCUGGCGGCGUACGCCAGGUGCAUUAAGAGCUGUCGCCAGGCGGGAGGCCCGGUGACCGGGGCCCUGCUCCUGUCUGUGGUGGGAGGGAAGAUGAG